AUGCUUACUUGCAAAACUUGUCUCCCACAAUAUAUUCUUAGAAGGAUUAUUGGUUGGCUCCAACUUGUGCUUGGGGGGCUUCUUAUAUUUGUAAGCCUUUCCAGUUUAUUUAGCUUCUCUUCUGUUGGAUUUUUCAUGCAUGAUGAGGAAAUAUGCCACCAUCUUUAUGGCGUUAAAGCAGUACAUGAUGGUUUCGACAUAAAAUGGCUGAGAGCUCGAGUUGAUGAAGUGCUUAAAAAGUUUGAAAAUAUGCAAAACAAGCUAGAACUGACUGUAACAAAGAUGGAAAAGAAUAAAAUUGAGCUAUCUAGAAGCAAAAUUUCAAUAUUGGAGUACAAGGGGUUUCUGGAGGAAGAGGUGAUUAGGCCUCUAUCUUCGGCGCAAAUUGCCCUUAGGCAAAUUAGGCUGCCAAGAGUUGAAGGAAUUGGAACUGUGACAAUCAAAGAAGAUCCCUUGAUUAAUUCCUUUGUGAUUGAAGAGAUAAGGAAGUAUAUAACCCCUAAGAGGAAGAGAAAUGGUAAGGUUAACAUCUACGGGACACUGAAGAUUUAUAACACGAUAGGGCAUGCGUGUGUUUUGAUGAAGAAAGAGUUAGAGGAAUAUAUGGAUUAUGAUAUUGGAUCAUAUUGUAAAGAUGAUUGGAACUUGGCUCAGAAGCUAAUAAUUUAUGGUUGUGAUCCUUUGCCGAGGAGAAGAUGCAUUACAAUUACCAAGUCCCUUUGGACAAUUCCAGAUGGAAGAAACGUUCGAUGGAGCAAUUACCAGUGCAGGAACUUUGAGUGCUUAUCAAGUAAGAAUUCAAGACGACGCUAUACUAAGUGCAUAGGCGGAUGUUUUGAAAUGGAUAAGGAAAAGCUAAAAUGGGUAACAAACUCCUCCGUUCCAGUGGAUUUCUUGAUCAAAGAUGUUUUGGCGAUCAAACCUGGGGAGAUCAGAAUUGGUUUAGAUUAUGGUGUUGGUGCAGGGACUUUUGCUGCAAGAAUGAGAGAGCAGAAUGUAACAAUCAUCUCGACUGCUCUGAAUCUUGGGGCUCCUUUUAGUGAGAUGAUGACACUUAGGGGUCUGAUUCCACUGUAUGUGACAUUGAACCAACGACUCCCAUUUUUUGACCACACCAUGGAUUUGAUCCAUACGACUGGACUUAUGGAUGGUUGGAUUGAUCUGCAACUAUUAGAUUUCAUCCUUUUUGACUGGGAUCGCGUUUUAAGACAAGGAGGCUUGUUAUGGAUUGAUCGAUUCUUCUGUAACAGGAGGGAUCUCGACGACUUCAUGUACAUGUUCCUGCAAUUCAGGUACAAAAAACACAUGUGGGCUAUUUCUUCCAAGUCUAAGGAUGAAGUUUAUCUUUCUGCACUGUUGGAGAAAUCUCCAAGAUCUUGA